AUGCCUUACCUGCACAGAGCCCUGGGGCCCCAGCCGCACCCGGUCCCCAGGGAUGCUCGGACCGUCCACUCCUCAGGCCAUAGCUUUGAGCAGCUGAGGCAAAACUGCCUGCAGAGAGGCACCCUGUUUGAGGACACAGACUUCCCUGCCUGCAACACUUCCCUGUUCUACAGCGAGAGGCCUCACGUCCCCUUUGUGUGGAAACGGCCAGGGGAAAUCGUGGAAAAUCCGGAAUUCAUUCUUGGAGGAGCCACCAGGACUGACAUCUGCCAAGGGGAGCUAGGGGACUGCUGGCUGCUGGCAGCCAUCGCCUCCCUCACGCUCAAUGAGAAAGCUCUGGCCAGGGUGGUCCCCCAGAACCAAGGCUUCGGCCCCGGCUAUGCGGGGAUAUUCCACUUCCAGUUCUGGCAGCACAGUGAAUGGCUCGAUGUGGUGAUCGAUGACCGCCUGCCCACCUUCAGGGACCGUCUGGUCUUCCUCCACUCAGCCGACCACAAUGAGUUCUGGAGCGCCUUGCUGGAGAAAGCCUAUGCCAAGCUGAAUGGGAGCUACGAGGCUUUGAAGGGGGGCAGUGCCAUCGAGGCCAUGGAGGACUUCACUGGAGGUGUGGCCGAGAACUUCCAAACCAGAGAUGUCCCAGAGGACUUCUAUGAGAUCCUGGGGAAGGCCUUAAGGCGCGGCUCCCUGCUGGGCUGUUCCAUAGAUAUCCAAAAUGCUGCCGAGUCUGAAGCCCGGACGCCUUCGGGUCUUAUUAAAGGUCAUGCCUACACCGUGACAGGGCUCAGCCAGGUAAACUCCAGAGGCCGGAAAAUCGAGCUCAUUCGCGUCCGGAACCCUUGGGGCCAAGUGGAGUGGAAUGGGCCAUGGAGCGACAGCUCUCCAGAGUGGCACUCCGUGAGCCAAGAGGAGCAGACGCGCCUGGGGCACACAGCUCUCGAUGACGGGGAGUUCUGGAUGGCCUUCGAGGACUUCAAGACCCAUUUUGAUAAGGUGGAGAUCUGCAACCUCACCCCCGAUGCCCUGGAGGAGGACGCCCUCCACAGGUGGGAGGUGACCGUGCACCAAGGCAGCUGGGUUCGCGGCUCCACGGCUGGCGGCUGUCGCAACUUCCUGGACACCUUCUGGACCAACCCCCAGAUCAAGCUGUCCCUGACGGAGAGGGAUGAGGGCCAGGAAGGCUGCACCUUCCUCGCAGCCUUGAUGCAGAAGGACCGCCGGAAGCUCAGGAGGUUUGGUGCCAACAUGCUGACCAUUGGCUAUGCAAUUUACCAGUGCCCAGACGGGGAUGGUCACCUGAACAGAGACUUCUUCAGGUAUCAUGCCUCCCUGGCUAGAAGCAAGACGUUCAUCAACCUGAGAGAAGUCUCCGGGCGCUUCCAGCUACCCCCGGGGGACUACAUCCUGAUUCCCAGCACCUUUGAGCCCCACCAGGAGGCUGACUUCUGUCUGAGGAUCUUCUCAGAGAAGAAAGCCAUCACCCGGGACCUGGAUGAGAAGGUAGACAUCAGCCUUCCUGAGCCCCAGAAGCCCACUCCUCAGGAACAGGAGACAGAAGAGGAGCGCCAGUUCCGGGCAUUGUUCCAGAGAAUUGCCGGUGAGGACAUGGAGGUGACCGCAGAGGAACUUGAACACAUUUUAAAUGCUGUGCUGCAAAAGAAGAUGGCGCUGAAGUUCAAGAGGCUGAGCCUGCUUUCCUGCAGGAACAUCGUCUCUCUGAUGGACACCAGUGGCAACGGAAAACUGGAUUUUGAUGAGUUCCGGGUGUUCUGGGAGAAGCUGAAGCAGUGGAUGAACCUUUUCCUCCAGUUCGAUGUGGACAAGUCGGGCACCAUGUCUUCCUAUGAGCUUCGGACCACACUGAGCGCGGCAGGCUUCCAGCUGAGCGGCCACCUCCUGCAGCUCCUCGUGCUCAGGUACGCGGACGAGAGCUUCCAGCUGGACUUCGAGGACUACCUCAACUGCCUGGUGCGGCUGGAGAACGCGAGCCGGGUGUUCCAGGCUCUCCGUGUGAAGAACAAGGACUUCAUCCAUCUCAAUAUAAACGAGUUUAUCAGCCUGACCAUGAACAUCUGAGGCUGCCUUGGCGGGGCGCCACCAUCCGGCUGAGUCUCAGCUGUGGGACAUUGGACCUCAAAGCUUCUGUUGCUGGAGCACGGUCAAGCCCACAGCUCUCUCCUUGCUUUGUGUUGUCCUCUUCCCCAUCUGGAUCUGCAAGAACCAAGUGAUUCUUGAGUACUUCGUUAUCAAAUUUCUGCCUCACGAGGACCAAAGGCCCCACCCGCACCUGUGCCCAGGACUGGGCUAAACACCCCUCCUUCCGCUGUCCCCUCCACCUAUU